CCGGCAGCUCGUCUCGCACUGUCGCUCGUGCACUACGCUGAAUCACCGCCGAUCAAGGACCACCACCGCUGUUAUCCCAUCACUUGAUUUAACAAGUGAGAUCUGUGCUUGUGGAGAACCAGUGCUGGUCUAAUCGGUACUGUCCAAAAAAUUUUAAUGGGCAGCGUGAAGGAUCAUAGCUCAGAUGAGGAUAUCUCAGAUAUCAGUGAGUCUGAAAUGGAAGAGUACGAAAUUAAAUAUUAUGAAGAAUUGAAAAAGGGAAAGUACUCUGUGAAAAUAUCAGAUGAGACUUUUGCUUGUCCUUAUUGUCCGAAGAAGAAAAAGCAGGACUACCUUCUUAAGGAUCUCCUACAGCAUGCUUCUGGUGUAGGCAAGAGUAGUUCACAAAAAAGAAGUGCGAAGGAGAAGGCUCAUCAUCUAGCUUUGGUCAAAUACUUGGAAAAGGAUCUAGUGAAUGGAGGUGGUCCAUCAGAGCCUGUGGCUGGCGGUGAUCCUCUUGAUGGUUGUGGCCAUGAUGAGAAGUUUGUGUGGCCGUGGACAGGUGUUGUGGUUAAUAUUCCAACUAGAAGGGCAGAUGAUGGAAGAUAUGUCGGAGAAAGUGGUUCCAAAUUGAGGGAUGAGUUGACAAGGAGAGGCUUCAACCCGACAAGGGUUGUUCCACUCUGGAAUUACAGGGGUCAUUCAGGUUGUGCUCUUGUCGAAUUCCACAAGGAUUGGCCUGGGCUACAUAAUGCCAUGUCAUUUGAGAAGGCCUAUGAUGCUGAUCAUCAUGGGAAAAGGGACUGGUAUGCAAAUAUUGAUGAAAAAUCUGGGCUUUAUGCUUGGGUGGCUCGGGCUGAUGAUUACAAUUUAUCGAGUAUUGUUGGAGAGCAAUUGCAAAAAAGUCGAGACCUUAAAUCCAUUUCUGAAAUGAUGGAGGAAGAAGAGAGAAAGCAAAAUAAACUUGUGUCAAACCUUACAAACAUGAUUGAGGUCAAGAACAAGCACUUGAAAGAGAUGGAGUUAAGAUGUAUUGAAACUUCGAGCACUCUCAACAGACUGAUGGAGGAGAAAGACAGGCUUCAUCAAUCUUACAAUGAAGAGGUACGAAAAAUACAACUGAGUGCAAGGGAUCACUUUCAGAGGAUUUUUAAAGACCAUGAGAAGUUGAAGCUCCAAUUGGAGUCUCACAAAAAAGAAAUGGAAUCACGUGUGGAAGAAUUGGAAAAUCGUGAGGCUCGGAAUGAAAGUGAAAGGACAAGACUCUCUGAAGAGGUCGAAAAGAAUGCCAUUAGAAAUAGCUUGCUGCAAUCUGCUUCUUUGGAGCAACAGAAGGCAGAUGAAAGUGUCCUGAAAUUGGCUGACUACCAAAAGAGGGAAAAAGAGGUUCUUCAUGAAAAGAUCAUUUGGCUAGAGAAGCAGCUGGAUGCGAAACAAACUCUGGAGUUGGAGAUUGAGCAAAUGAGAGGAAAGUUAAAUGUCAAGCAGCACAUGGCUGAUGGUGAUGUGGAAGUCAUGCAAGAGGUGGAGGAAAUCCUCAAGAAUAAGAGAGAAAAGGAACAGGAGCUUGAAGAUUUAGAUGAAUUGAACCAAACACUUAUUAUAAGGGAGCAUAAGAGCAAUGAGGAGCUGCAGGAAGCGCGUAAAGAACUAAUUAAUGGAUUGCAAGAAAUAUCAACUCGUGCUCAUAUUGGUGUUAAGCGAAUGGGAGAACUUAACAGCAAACCAUUCCAUGAAGCAAUGAAAAGAAAAUAUGACCCUGAAGAGGCUGAAGAUAGAGCAUCAGAAUUAUGCACAUUGUGGGAAGAAUAUCUCAAAGAUCCAGAUUGGCAUCCUUUCAGAGUCAUAACAGUUGGAGAGAAAACUGAGAGGAUAAUUGACAAAGAAGAUGAGAAAUUGAAAUCUCUGAAGAAAGAAUUUGGUGAUGAAGUGUACAAUGCUGUGACAACUGCUUUAACUGAGAUAGUUGAAUACAACCCUAGUGGAAAUUACAUAACUUCAGAGCUGUGGAACUUUAAAGAUGGAAGGCGGGCAACUUUGCCAGAGGGAGUUCUAUUUAUAUUGAAGCUGUGGGAUUUGCAGAAACGCAAGAGAGGAAUGUAAUGAAGGAACCAGAGUGCCAAGUGCUUGAAAAUGUGGCGGCGGUCUCUGAAACUGGAAGACAUGUAACGGGCACAUCAGAUUAUAUGACGAACUGUCCUGUAAUAAGAAGGGUACAAGGCACCUUCUCCCUGUAAAGUAGUGUCUUAUAAAACCCUGUCUAAAUUUAUGUGUUGGAUUUAGCAUGUUGUUUGAGAAACUUGAAGAAAAACAUGUGGACUAAGAACCGGCGAGUUUUCAUUGCCUGGUGUAUGAAUGCAUCAUGCAUUUAGUAAUAAAUGGAUUUGAUGAUUGUCUGAUGGCUUA